AUGGCACUCGCUUCUCGCAUCGCAUCCAAAUCCCGAUUGCUGUAUGGUAGUCAAAUUCUUCUGCAAAGGGAGUUUGCUGUUCCGGUUCGUCACUAUGCUAAAGGGUCUGAACUUCCUGCCCUCAAGGGAGAUGAGAUGCUGAAGAAUGUUUAUCUGGAGGUAAAGAACAAAUUUGAGACAGCCAUCGGAAUAUUAAAAAAGGAGAAGAUCACUCUAGCUCCAGAGGACCCAGCUGCUGUUUCUCAUUAUGCAAAGGUCAUGAAAACAAUCAGAGAGAAGGCAAACCUAUUGACAGAGUCCCAAGAUAUCUUAGAGACCAUUGAUCUAGCAACACACGAUAUUCCCGAUGCUCGAACUUAUCUUUUGACCUUGAAGGAAAUUAGAACCAAGAGAGGUCUUAUAGAUAAUCUUGGAGCUGAGGCUUUGAUGAUUGAUGCAUUGGACAAAAUUGAAAAGGAUCUAAAAAAACCCCUAUUGAGAAAUGACAAGAAAGGAAUGGACCUUCUGUUGGCAGAGUUUGAUAAGAUUAAUAAGAAACUUGGAAUUCAAAAGCAAGAAUUGCCAAAGUUAGAAGAGGAGCUGGAGCUUAAAAUAGCCAAAGCACAGCUGGAAGAGUUGAAAAAGGAUGUUGUUGAGGCAAUAGAAACUCAACAGAAAAAGGAGGAAUUCAAGGAUGAAGCCGGGGCAGUUGAUGUCAAAUCUUUGGACAUCCGGAACUUCCUUUAA